AGUUAACACCGCAUAUAAGGAUUUGGAAGGACUUUGCCGUAUAAGUGGUGGUCCACGUCAAUCUUCAUUUUUUGGGGGUCAAACUUGCCCAAUUUUGGGUUAUUGUGGACAAACACCCUCAUCGCUCGAAUAUAUCAAACUGCAGUAGUACGGAGUUCGGAGGAUUAUUCAGAGUUGCUUGGCUCCUCGUAGACACAUACUCUGGUUAGCAUAGACAUAAAACAGGAGCAAAUGUAAAAGGCUCCCCCUUUCUAAUAAAACAAAAGGAGGGCAGACACUGCAAUAACAGUGCAGAAAUGGCAGGCGCCAACAGCGUCCGAAACAUUCAUGUGUCAAAAGACCUAAAAGCCCAAAGCUGCUUUACAACCAAGCUCGGCGAUAAGUAAUUCGAAAGAGAAGGAAGAAGAGCGGAGAGAGAAAGACAGAGGAGGGGAAAAAAGGAGCAACGAAAGGCCGAGGAGAGGACGCACUAGGUCGCGCGGUUCCCACAGGCUGGCUCGUGCGCCACACAAGGCGAAAAAAGAAAGCGAGAAACACAACCAGGCUUAUAUCAGGCCUGAAGGCGAAAGAGAGAGAGAACGAGCGUGAGCCCUCCCAGGAGAGAGCCCAAUAAGCAGCAGCGGUACACAGGAGGAGGAGAUGGCUGGCGAGAGAGCGGCGAACAAUGAGGGCCGGGGAGCAGCGGCGACGACGCUAACUACGCUGGAGGGGGAGCAGCCGCAUUCCAGAGUGGGCGGCAUUAAGGAAUCCGACCCGGCCGUUGUUGCUGCUGCUGCCGGGGCCCCCGGUGACAACAAGCAGCCGCCGAGCAACGAGCAGCAGUCACAGCAACGGGCACAAGUUUCGACAGCCGUCAUCCGCGGUUCAAACGUCGUCCACGGGAUCUGCCGAUAUGCUGCGGAGGCGACGAGCGGUGGGAUGUCCUUUGUCGAAAUCUGUCAGAUCCGGUUACAACAGCUGUUCCCACAGUUGUCAUCACCACAGAGAUCAACUAUUUGUGAAGAUUCCUUAGAACUGACUGCAGAAUAUCUAGCCAAUGAUGUAAUCAGGUAUCUCCUCAAAGAAGACAUAUACAUGAUAUCUAGGGAUCCUGUAUCGAGAAGCAUGCGCCACAACGUUUAUCAGAUGCUUAAUAAGCACACCAUAUUGUUCACAAGUAUGGUGAAUCGACUAAAUGUGGUGCCAGAUACAGCUUAUGAAGCAUUCAUGGGAGUUGCUGAUGAACUGUUCUACCAAGGUGUCACGUGGGCAAGGAUAGUUUGUCUCUAUGCUUUUAUGGGAAGAUUGGCGCUAUGGGCAAGAGACAGACGGAUGCACGGUCUUAAGCAAAAACUGCCCAUGUAUGUUUCCAGAUAUAUCUCUGAGGAGAUAGCGCAGUUCAUUAAAAUUAGCGGAGGAUGGGAACAGUUAUGUAUAGAAUACCCGGUAGCCGAGGAGGUCGGUGGUGCAGUAUGGAGAAGUUUACUUAUGACAGGAGCCACGCUUGGCUUGGUGGCCACGAUACUAUCAGUUACUUCUUGAUUUACUAACUAUUUUGACGACACAUCCGGGUAAAGCUUUCGUCGCGUACUUACAUCCUGUGAUCCUAUGUUGAAAAGUGCACGCUUUUUAGUAUCGUACUUGUAAGAUUCGUUCUCGCUCGAACUGUAGAAAUGAAAAUAUUUAAAACUGCAAUGCAAACGAUCUUUGUCCAAUAAUUUUACUUUGUAUUUACAGAAAAAAAAUAACAAGUCACUUGAGCUAUAUCGCACGUGGAAGGAACAAGGAAAAGAUAUAUAAUGAUCAAGUUUCCUAUUAAUGUAAUAUUUUAUACCACUGUAUAAUCGUCUAGUUCAAUUCCUAAGAUGUCUUGUUUAUCUUAAUAUUUCAACUAUAAUCAAAGUGGGAUAUUAGAAUGCUCGAAAUCAGUGUUUAGACGUCUGUAAUCCAAAAAGAUUUUUUUAUUCGCGAAAAAUUUAGGUAGGCACGAUCUAUUUUGUAUUUAUUUAUAAUUUAUUUUAGGUAGUAAUUACAAUUUAACAAUUUUAAGCUUAUGUACAAGCGUAAAUUAUGAAAGCAAGUAGUUUUUUUUUACUCAUAUUUUCAAACAAGCUAUCUACAUGCAAGUCACUGCCACGAAUACAUUUUUUAAAUUUAAUAUGUACUUUUGUAGUACUUUUACCAAAUUUUGUACAAUAUUCUGGCCAAAAUAAAUUUUCUUAAAAUAUUAUAAUUUUCUUUAUAUUUUCUGUCUCCUUAUAAUCCACACACUUAUUGAACGUAUUUUACAUUACUUUCUAAUUAGAUGUACCUGUUAUCUACAAACAACAAAAACCCAGAACAAAGUGUAAGAUUACACGUUGAUGCAUAUACUUUUUAUUGCCUGUAAAUAAAUCAAAUAAUUAUUCUACAUAUUAUAUUACAGGAUUCAAACUUUAUUUUAAAAAAUCUUGUCACUAGUGAUUUCACAUGUACAUGUUCAGAUCGUUUAGUGAAACUUGGUAUUGAAUUAAUUAUCCUGAAGAAAAAAAGUUGUAUAUGCUUUUAUUAAUAUAUUUUCUCGAAAAUUGUUUGAAAAACUAUAGUUCUAGUC